UUGAAAGGUCAUCGUUUCACUUCCGUAAGGCAGAGACAGUCAAAAUGACAACGCUGAGAGCUUUUACAUGCGACGAUCUCUUUAUAUUUAAUAACAUCAAUCUGGAUCCCCUCACAGAGACGUAUGGGAUCCCUUUUUACUUACAGUAUCUCGCUCACUGGCCGGAGUACUUUAUUGUAGCAGAGGCACCAGGGGGAGAACUAAUGGGGUACAUAAUGGGUAAAGCUGAAGGAUCAGUGGCCCGUGAAGAAUGGCACGGGCAUGUCACAGCUCUCUCUGUAGCCCCCGAGUUCAGACGGCUUGGUCUGGCAGCUAAACUCAUGGAACUGUUGGAAGAGAUCUCAGAAAGGAAAGGAGGGUUUUUCGUGGAUCUUUUUGUGCGAGUUUCCAAUCAGGUGGCAGUGAACAUGUAUAAGCAGCUGGGAUACAGCGUGUACAGGACAGUGAUAGAGUACUAUUCCGCCAGUAACGGGGAGCCUGAUGAAGAUGCCUAUGAUAUGAGGAAAGCCCUAUCCAGGGACACAGAGAAAAAGUCGAUUAUACCGCUGCCGCACCCUGUGAGACCAGAAGACAUUGAUUAACUAUAGGCUGUGGUUCCCAGGCAGUCCAGUCCACAUUCGCAUGUCCCUGGAGCAGAUCAAUAAGUAGUAAUUAAAACAAAACCAAUCCAGUUCU